GGUAAACAAGACAUUUGUUUUGUUUAUCAGCAUCAUCCCGAAAAAAGGAACAAAAACACACGCACACACUCACUCACUCAUACAGAUACAAGUUUCGCGCGUUGCCCCGCGUGAACGGUACUGCUGCGUAGCAGACAAAAGCCACUUCCGUAGUUUUGCGUAUUGCCCUCGCCGUCGCCGUAGUGUCGUCGUCAUCAGCUCGCUGCUGCUCGCUGGUGGUAGUGGUGGUAGUGAUUUCCAAUCGUUCCCAUUAGCCCCCACGUGCGCAUCGCCGUAAUUCGCGAUUUUGCGUAUCCUUGGAAGCAUCCGCCAGCAGCAUCUUUUCCGUCUGUUUGCAAGUGUGUGCGCGCGCGCGCUCGUGUGUGUUAAGUUACUUCUUCGUGCCACAUCACGCACAGCUUACAUCGUCUGCAGCCGCAACAGCAUCGUCGUGUGUUUUGCGUACGCGCUAGCGCUUCCAGACCGUCACCGUCAAUGUACAGCAGCAAGGAUGAAUUGCGAAAUACUACCGCAGGACAUCCAAUCGUUAUUGGAAUACUUCGCCAAGAACAUGUACCGCGCGAAGGAUUGUGAAAAUGGCAAUGACGUUAUGCAUCGGUGUAACGUACUACUCCAGCAGGACUACAGUGUGAUCGAGAUUAGCAACAGUACCGGUGAACUAUCCUCGCACUAUCCCAGCACCCUGCUGAUACCGGAGUACGAGUACAAAAGUCUCUCCAGCAGUGGCAGCGCGGGCAUUAACAAUACUCAGGCACCAACCUAUGCCGCCGGUGGUCCAAACAAUGGAUACGCCAGCAUCAAUGAUUAUCUUAUCCGCACCGGACAGCAGCCACAAACGCCGCAGCAGCAGCAGCAGCAAACUUCCGCACCAACUGCCGGUCCAGGGCAGCAGCAGCAGCAGCAAACCAUCUACGAGACGACGUACGAUGGCAACAAGCUGCGCGAUCUUAUUAACAAGGCACGGUUUGCCCGCUGCCGGGCCCGGUUUCCGCUGCCGGUCAUACUGUACAAGGGCAAGUACAUCUGUCGAUCGGCCACGCUGUCCGGUGGGCCGGAGAUUUACGGACGGUCCGGGUUAGAUUACCUCUUCUAUAGCUUAGACUCAACUGCUACCUCACCGACGUUAGAUGAGGAAGCGUACGAAGCACGCGAAACGUCACUGCCGGAGGACACGUUCGAGGAACCGAUCACGAACAGCGACUGGCAGCUGUUCGACCGGGUGCGCAGCCAGGACAUAAAGCUGCUGAAAACGCUAAACGUCGGCACGAUCGUCGACUUCAUGGUGGAGAAGAAGAAGGUAAAGUUCGGCAUGAACGUGACCUCGUCGGAGAAGGUGGACAAGGAGAACCGGUACGCCGAGUUCAAGAUCGUCUCGCUGCCGUACCCGGGCUGUGAGUUUUUCCGCGACUACCGCGACAACAACUACUCCGGCGAGGGGCUCGUCUUCGACUGGUCGCAGGCACACGUGGACGCGAACAUUGGCGUGCCGGACGAUACGGUGGCGGCCCAGCUCCAGAUCGACUGGGACAACUACAAGGACUGGGAUCUGGUGAAGAUCACGCAGAACUAUCUGAAGCUGUUGCUGCGCUACCUGCAGGACAGCAGCUCCGGGUUGCUCAUCCACUGCAUCAGCGGCUGGGACCGGACGCCACUGUUUGUGUCGCUGUUGCGCCUGUCGCUGUGGGCCGACGGUGCCAUCCAUCAGUCGCUGAGUGCGGCCCAGAUCCUUUACUUUACCAUUGCGUACGAUUGGCUGCUGUUCGGGCACAAUCUGCCCGACCGGCUCAACAAGGGCGAGGUGAUAUUUUUCUUCUGCUUCUACGCCUUAAAGUAUAUUGCCGAGGAUGAGUACAGCAUUUUGGGGCAACGAUAUAAAAGUAAGCAUAGCAGCGGAAGCAGUAGCAUAGGCGUGAUACGGACGGACAGCGAAUCAAUGCUCGACGGUAUACUGCUCGAUGGAGAAAGUAGAGGCUCGAGCGUUUCCCUCAACUCAACCUGCAGCUGCCUGAGUGGGCGAAGCUCGUCCCAGCACGACACGCAAACGUGCAUUAGUGUCGGUGGCAACGGUGCAAUCAGUGGUGGUGGCGGUGGUGGUAUCAAUGUUACGAUCGGUGGUUCAAGCAUCCAGCAUCAUGCGACGAGCGGUAGCCGGCCAAUUGUCGGUGUGCACAACUCGCACGAUGACAGUUUAAACGCGAGCAAUGGCAAUGGCUGGUUAGCGCAUAGUCACGAUAGUAAUAGCAGUAUUGGAUGCAUAUCGAACGAUAGUACUACUAAUCUCAGUAAUCAUUGCGCUUGGUCACCGCAACCGAACAGAACUAGUCCCGUCUCAGUGCCGGUGGCGAGCCGAUUAAGACAGCGUCAGGAGUCGACGUCCUCCCUGUCCGUCGGCAGCUGGCAGAUGAUAUCUGGCACCGGCAGCCUUCGUAGCACGGACUCGGCAACGGAAUUGCACCAUGCUGCCAGCCAACACCAGCCGCACCAUCAUCAUCAUCACCAUAACCAUCACCACCACCAUCAUCACCAUAAUAAUCAUCAUCAUCAGCAGCAGCAGCAACAACAACAACAACAACAACAACAACAACAACAACAACAACAACACCAGCCACAGUUCCACAAUGUAUAUAGCAAUAACGUUUACGGCAACAGCCAUGCUGUCGGUGGCGGAACAAUAUCCUCAGACACGAUUGCCACGACGCCGAAUGCGAAUCAGCACCUGCAUCAUGGCGUAGGACAUACAGCUGGUCAACCUCCUCCUCCUUCUGGACCACCUCAUCUGCACCCGAUGCAACAAUCGCAAGACUCGAGCUGCUGCACGCUGCUCGACGACGAAUGUUUCAGCUCGUCCUACAGUCACGAUUUCUACGCAAUGCGUCGUGAACGGCUGAAUCAAGUGCGAACAUUGUUCUACAACUGCUACUACUCGACAAUCGCAUUCAAAUUCAAAUCCGUACCGGACUCGGCGCUCGGCAGCCUGCUCGGGAACUUUGCGGAGAAGGUAGGACUUGCCCACCGGACCUCGGUUUAGUGUACCAACUGUCGACUGUCGUUCCACUCAGUGACUCAGUGCUGCCUCCUGCCCACGCCUAAAGCGCUCCAUAAAUACAUACUGGUGCGGGAUUUAGCUAGUUAGAUUUUGCAAAACGAAAAGAACAAAUACCGCCGACGACGGGUGGUGCAGAUGAAGGGACGAGGAGAAUGUUUGUCUUCCACCACACGGCUGUGCUGGAAUUGAAUUUUUUUUUCGUUUGUUUUUUUUUUCAUUCCCAUCCCUUGCUAUUUGUUAAUCUUUUUUCUGUUCAGAAAUUUUAUCAUAAAAUUAAUAAUACCUAUCCUGCGAGAAUUAUACAGCGAAUGAACGUUGGUGGGAGUGUGUGUGCGUGCGAGCGCCCUCGCUAACGAAAACGGCGCCGGGAAAGAAUUUGUUGUUUUGGUUCGAAAUAAAGCGCAAAACUGUGACUGCA